UGAGACGAACAACCGAAGACAGCAAUUCUGAACACGAGAGCUCAAAUCAUCGUACAACAAUCGAACCGAAAAUGGUAUUGGUUAGUCCAUCCACCGAUGGCGACCAAGUCGUCAACACCGAUGGGACGAAGAAGAAGAAAUUGACGAACCACCUGGAGAAGAGCGACGGCCGUCGACUCGUGGAAUACCUCGUGGUCAUCUCGUCGUUACCGAGGGAAAUUGUGGCCAGCGACGAAAAGAAGAAAGACGUGCCCCCCGACAACGACGAGCAAUACCGUUUGUCCACGGAAUUCGACGACGAAAGCAUCGAACUCGUCGACCACGAGGGUUUCAAACCAAUCGUCACUGCUCGCUAUCCACAAUACGACCACGAAGACAAUCCAUUCGAUGCAAACGUCUGCUAUUUUUGCCACACAUCGGGUGCGAUCCAACUCAAGAAAAAUCCUUACAUGCCAAAGGUAUGUUGCAUAAUGUUACGGCAGGGCCUGUUUGUGCGACAGAGUUGAUUCGAUCUUAUUUGAUGCAUGCGACAAAUGCAUUGUGAUCCUUCCCACAAACCGAGGUGGUCCUCAUCGUUUGUAUCUCAUUCAUACUUGUCUUUUGUUUCUAUCGCCAAACGCCGGGAUCGGACAUAUUGACAUUGUUCCUCGUUUGCUUUUGUUCGAAUUGUGUGGCAAUGCCAACAAUUUUCCUGGAAUCAAACACUAUUCAUGGGGAAUCGUUUGCGCACGCAGUUUCAUUACUUUGUGGCAACGGGUGGUACGGGAAAGAAAAUGUACGGUACCUGUCUGACGUUGUGGGAACCUGCUCAGAUUAAGGGCAGGAAAAAGAAGGGCAAAAACUCGAACCAGGAAGAACCCACUGAGACUCUCGAUGUAUUUUUGCCAAAAUGCGUGGUCUUGUUGUCGACGUAUCCGUAUCUCAUGGCGUUUCGAGAGUAUCUCACACAGCUGAAUCGGAUGUCCAAAACCGAAGAAAUGACCCUCCCCAUCGAACGGUAUAUUACCAAUGUUUGUCUAGAAAUUCCAGCACCUCCGCCUGGUUCGUUUGAGGUGCAAACGACUAUUCUCGAUUCGAUUAUCAAAAUUUGGUCCCCGCCACACAAUCAACCCAUUGCCUGGGUCAGCCUCCCAUUUUCUCAUUUGUUUCAGUGUUUGGAUAUUGAUAACAUCAUUCUUGUUUGGCACUGCCUCGUUUUGGAACGGCAAGUUUUGUUGACAUCGACACAACUCUCGGUGCUGACCACUUGCUCAGAGAUUCUCCUUUCCCUUCUUUUCCCGAUGAGAUGGUCACAUGCCUACAUUCCGCUUUUGCCCAAGUUCCUUAUCCCAAUUCUUUCUGCACCGAUGCCUUUCUUUUGCGGCAUCGACAAGGCUAGCCUUGCCGAGGCACUCUAUGAUUUGAGUCCCGAAUGCGUUGUGGUGGAUUUGGACAAAAAUCUGGUGACCCUGGGACCCGAGACGGAGGCUUUGCCGCCUCUACCUCCCCAGCAAGCCUCGUCUCUUAGGUCGCAACUCGAUAUCAACGCCGGUAUGGUCUUUCGCGAAGCUCGAUCUUUGACUCGAAACGAUGAUUAUUCCGAUAGUGGAUCGCGUUUGCCAGCGCACGUCAAACAGAUGGCAGAGGGCAUGUGGGAAGGAAAGCUAGCUCUGUUUGACGAAGCUUUUCAUUUGAUGUUUACCCCAGAAGAAUCGAGGAAGAAUUUGUUGAACGGAAACGAUACUUCGGGGAUGGAAUGGAACGACCGUGAUGCAAACGAUCAAGCUCGCAUUAUGGCGGCGUCGGGUGGGGACAAAACCUUUGCUCUUCGUAAGCAAUCCGAAUGGGACGCCGUUCAAGAAGCCUUUUUGGAUACCUUUGUUUAUUUGCUGCGAAAUUAUCGCAAAUUUCUGGUGUUCCCCUCCAAACACAACGAGGGCAACUACGGUGGCGCCGGAUUUCGUUCCAAAGAGUUUGUCGAAAACCAGCGGCUGGACAUGCGCGAGUUCCUAGAACAAUUCAUAGGUACACAAAUGUACGAUAACUUUGUCACUAAACGACUGUACGGAAGUGGCGAAUCAGACGUUGCCUUUUUUGAUCUGGCGGUGGACCGCUUUUUGAAGAGUGCUGGUAUUUUAUCGAACGUGGAUGUUGGUGGUCGCUUGCUUCAAGCUGCUGGGAUGUCGAGAUCUUCGAGUAACACAAACAUGAGUGGCGAACCACGAACAAAUACUCCCAGUCGUAGCUACCAGAAAGCUACAGAACCUCUUCUUCAGAGUGCCCGUGUGCAUCGCAAGCUUAAGACGAUUGUCCCACCCGAACCCUGCCAAGAAGACCUACCAGAAAUUCCGCAAAACGGAGAGGUUGGCGCGUCUGCAUCGGAGCAGUCGGACGAGAAAAGUGUUGGUUCGGGCAGCACUUCGUCCCGGACGAGUUCCGCAUACCAGAGUGUCCAGGACAAGGCAGCUGAAAUUUUGAACAAAUCAAAACGGCGGUACACGUACGACACCUUCCCAUCCGAAUUUCGCGAAGAUUUUUUUUCGACUCCACGCCCCUUAUCCGCCGCUGUGCUCGCCGAAUUCGAUCGACAGAAGAAGGAUGCUGCACAAUUCCGUCGCAAAAAACCUGUCUUGACAUCAAAAAAUACACGAGGAGGCCUUCACCGAGAUAACUCGGACCCGGUAUGUAUCCUGAUUUCUAGUAUAUUUAUUUGCUCUCUUUUUCCACUCAUAUUUUUUCGUAUCUUUUGUUCUGGCUACUCUAGGAAAAACCACCUUCUCCAGAAGUUGCAACUUUUACUGUCUUUUUCAUGGCUUUUUCAGCUGUAGUUGGUAAGGAACUAAUGGGAAUGAAUAGCGAGUCGGAUGAAGAAGAGGAAGCCAAGACAAUUUUGGCCACCUAUUCGCAUAGUUCAGCAGGGGAAUCAGACAACGAAACCGAGACAACGAUAAGUUCGGCGGCCGAGUCAGAUGGCGACAAACAGACAAAAGGAGAACCCAAAAGUCGAUUUACAGAUUCAUUGAAUGCACUUGAGAUUGAAGAAGCAAAAGCCACAGGAAGAGCUCAGCUCGCACUUGCUUUCGAAAUGCUCACUAUGAUGAAAAAGCGGGCUCUGAAGGCCGACCCUGAAGCAUACCAGUCUCUUAUCGAUGCUUGUGGCAGAGUAGGUGACACAAAGAGAGCGUCGGACCUAUUAGCAAGAAUGCACGAGGAUGGGAUCGUGGCAGACGGUACGGUCUAUGCUUGUUUGGUGGCAGCAUUUUCGGCGGAUACUGCAUGGAGAAACGGAACCAAGGACGAGGAUCUUCCAGGUAAGUUCAGGAAAAUGAAGAACGAAGACGAUGAAUUUCUACGAUCCAAUCGAAUAUUCAACCACUUACUUCUCCUCGACACUCUUGAACUUUACAGAAUGGGCAAACAGCACAGCUGUGGAAAUGGACUGGAACAGACUUCAGAAACGAUCGUUUAUGGAUCGUUUGAGAGGCCGUGGUACUGAUGACGAAGGUGACGAGACAAAUGAGCCUGAGACCAACGGCCCUCCAAUGAGUAGAUUCCGUCAAUUUAUAUCGAAUCGUCAAGGAAACAAGAGAACGACGCCCAAGGUCGAAGAAAGUCGUGUCGAAUUCUAUGUGACUGAGACUGUUGAGAGACAGAUUGAAUUGGGAGAAAAUCUUCUAGAGGUUGUUUUCCCCGAUAUUUCUGUCGAUACUGACAAUGAGACUUGCCCACGUUGUAAUUUCCUACUCUCUGACGACGACGUCGUGGAUGGCUGGACACCUGGUGAUAGCAACGACUACACAACAAAAUGUCCGAAUUGUACUCAACGUUUUGUUCCCCAUUUUUGCGUUCAGAGCUCGUCCUCAAGCUUUGUUGGGUCGAAAGGCCCAUCUUCUCCUCUAAUGUGCGAACGUUUGUCUCCAUGGGUACUUCAGAAAGAGAUCCGGUCAGUCAUGAGUGACAGAGAAGGAAUUGAAAAUCUCUUGAGUCCAACAUGGAGAGGAGAGGAAUACAAGAAUUCUGUGCUAUGGUGGAAUUUGGUUCUCUCUUGUAUGAGGUAUAGGUUCCCGUUCUCUUUCCUCUUGCAAGGUAAUUUUGAACAAAAUUUGAUUGCGCCAAUGCCCGAAGACGAGAAUUAGGGAAUCUGCCACAUAAUUGUAAUCAGUUGAAACAAACAUAGGCUGAAUAUUUACUUCACAGAACGUUAUGCACACAAAAUAGAUCUCCAGGAAGAUUAUCUAACACGCUACUAAGAACUGUUCUGACCCUCUCCAUCACAUGAAUGCGGCGCUUUUGAUGCUAAAUAGGGGAGAUCGCUACCUUAGAUCCAUUGGAAGUAGAUUCUCGCCAACGAUGGUCUCUCUUCUCUCAUUUAAGCUGUUGUGUUAUACUUUACCGGUGCAACUUCUUGGUCUUUGUUCUGGCUUACCUAUCUCGGAGGAAUUGAAAUUCUGAAAGCAACGAAGCAAUUGAAUUUUCCUUCUCGCGGUGCUAGAACAGAUCUGUAGGACGACGACGGUUCAACUUUAGUAGUUGGGAGUGAGAUCCAGAGAUAAUAUAUGGCAGAUGCUCGU